GCGCAUUUGGUCCUAAGCGUUUGGUAAUCAGUUGGGUCGCUGUUUGAUGACGUAUUUGACAUUGGUAUGGAGCGCUCUUGAAAAGCUGCUAACUAGCUAGCUUGUAAGGUCCAACCUCUGAGGUAUAAUAAGAAGGGUACAUCCAUGGCUCUUAUUUCAAGAUCAUGCAGUGGGUUCCUUGCCCAACUGUCAUCACUGACGCAUCACAAGGCUUUCAGUGUGUCAGCAGCCGCCGCAGCCAUCCAGAAGAUGACCAGGGUACGUGUUGUUGACAACAGUCCACUGGGUAAUACCCCGUGGCACCGCUCGCCUAGAGUCAUCCACGUGUACACCAAGAAUGGAGUGGGCAAGGUGGGCGACCGCGUUCUACUGGCCAUCAAGGGAGGGAAGAAAAAAGCUCUUAUCGUUGGCCACAAGAUGCCCGGAGAGCGGAUGAACCCGCGUUUUGACUCCAACAACGUGGUCCUGAUUGAAGACAACGGUAAUCCUACGGGAACUAGAAUUAAAGUUCCACUACCGACACACUUGCGCAAAAUGGAAGGAGAUUAUUCCAAACUGUUGGCCAUCGCUAGCAGGUUUGUGUAGUACUGUAACAGCAGGUCCUUCGUUAACAGUUGUGAUGACAGCCGUCGUGUCCUCGUACAGGAUCAAGUCCUAUGGGGGUGAUUCCUAACACAUUUUCACGUCGUCUCCCAUUGAAAUCAACGUAUGACUAAGUGAAAAAUCUGACUUUAAGUGGGCUGUGUGCCCCUAUGUUAGCCAAUGGAAAUAUCUCCAAACAUCUGUUACCAAUGUUAUUGGUAAUGAAACCAUGUUAUGGCCUGUUGUCAAUGUAUCAGACCUUUUUUCUCCACAAAGUCUCAUGUCAUUUGUUUGUUUUGAUAAAUAAAAUUUACAUCAUUCAAAUGAACAUCUUUGUUAUUCCUCUGUGUAAUUCUAGGGCCGGUUUCCCGGACACAGGUGAGCGUUGUCCUGGACAAUAAAGUUCAAUGGAGAAUCUGAAUUUAAUCUUCCACAGUAUGUAGUCCAAGACUAUGCCUUUUUUUUUUUUUUGGUGUCCAGGAAAAUGUCCACCUCGAGGAAGAUCGAGGUGAAAUAUGCUCAUCACAGCCUACUGUUCAAACUACUGCACAUUCUAACAGGUGGGACUAAUAAUUAUGCCUCACCUACCCUUUUGCCCUCUGCAUGUUAUGUAAUUACAGUAGUUAACAUAUUGUUCCCAAAUGAAGGCCGGUUAAUUUAAUUCCUCUUUGGAUCCUUUCUUGAGAACAUUUCCACUACAUGGAACAUUCAGAUAGAAAUAUGUUGUGUAGAACGACCAAGGCACUUACAUGGGAACAUUCAGAUAGAAAUAUGUUGUGUAGAACGAACAAGGCUCUGACAUAUAGAAUAAAGAUUCACGGCACCUCUUUACUUGGGGACCAGACGGUGAAUUUGAUUCUGGAGAAUGGAGAAUCGUCCUUUACAAGCCGGAAUGUUAAAGUCAUAUUUGAACUUACUCUGCCAAUUUGUCUGUGGUGUUGGUCCUUCAGCUGCUUGAAUUUUGAGACGUCUCCAAAAUAAAGUCUAGUUUACCCCACUUUGUUAGAGCGCCGGUACUGCAGUUAAUGUCUAUCACCUGGCGCACAACCAUGUAAACACCUGCAAGAUUUUGGUUAGUGGCAGCCCAAUUCAGAUGGUCUUUUUUUUCUCUUCACUAAUUGUUCUUUUGACCAAUCGGAUCAGCUCUGAAAUAGAUAAAAUGUGAUGAAUCAAAAGACUGAUUAGUUUCACCUUCAGGACCAGUUUUAUAUUUAGGUCAUUUAUAUCUAGGUCAAAUAUGUUCAUUUCUACUGUGUGUGUGAACUUGAUGAAAGCCAUGCCUCUUAUGAUUGUAAAUGUCAAGAGUUUCAAAGACCAUAAAGUAAAGUGUUCACUCCCAGGCGUUAA